AUGAAUGUCCCACCAGAAAGCCGCCGGAAAGCACCCCGCAAGAGCGCGGACAAGAUCGUAAAGCCGGGUGCGAAGGGAUUGGCGAAGCCCCGCGUCAGGCUUGACGCCCUCAGUGAGAUCCGCAAGAUGCAGAAGGGCACUAAUCUCCUACUGCCACAGAGCAGAGUCAUGUUUCUUGCUACACCAGGUUGCCUGGAGGCCAUUCACACGGCACUGGAGGCCGAGCUGUUGUACAUAUUCAAGACCGUACAGAACGCUGCCUGCCAUGCCCGCCGGAUUACACUGAUGGAGAAGGACAUGAAGUUCGCCGAGAGGAUACUGGCUGGCCGCAAGGGCAUCUAUCUGAGAUGCUAG